AUGCGUGUGUUGCGUCCGACUCGAGUGGCAUUGCAGUAUCUGCAUACCCAGUAUGCAACUCAACAUCGUCUACAGCUUCUAAUUCGUGCCUUUAGUGACGCUGUAGAUCCUGUGAACCGUCCUCUAAAUAGUUAUGUCUCUUGUACCGCGAGUAAUGUCGAUUCCUCUCCACCACUCGUUAAUGGCUCUAUUAAUGGCUAUAAGAAUGGUUACGAUACGAAUAAGAUACAGACAGAGACAAUGCAGUUCUUGGCUUCCUACGAAGACGAUGAGAAGGAGUUUCAAGAGCAGGACAUUGAGUUUACAGCUCAACGCAUUGGUUUUCCAAUCAGUGAAGCGGAACUCAAAGAACGUACGGAACUCCAAUUGCAGCAACAGCAGGAGGAAUCGGCUAGUGGUAUUCGAGAAGAGUCUAGAGAAGAGGCUACAGCUAAAGCUGAGAGAAUCAUGGCUGUGCUGCGUCAUUCCAUGUCGGAACUGGAAAUUGGCAAAGUUAUUCAUCGUAUUGCUCAAUACGCUACUCUUCCUCGAGUCACGGGACUCUCAAGGAAACAAUUUUUGAGAUCAUUAGAGACGAGGUUUGGAGAUAGUAAUAAGAAAGAACUUGGCUACAUGUUGGCGUUUCUACAAGGUCGAGACGAUGUCAUUGAUCAGCUAGAGAUCGAUUCACGAAAGGGAGACUAUCAAAAGCAACAGGUUGUGACUUGUAAAGAACAAGAUACACUUGCAGAAGGAACAGAGGACUUUGUUGUGCCCAAGAUCAUGGGACUGCAUCCGGAUUUGGUGGCGGACCCACAGUUUGUGAGCAUUGUCAUCUGCUACUGCCGAUUGGCGUGUCUGAACUCGCUUAAGCUCAUGCAACGACUAACGUCAGGUCUCAGUCGUGCAUCCAAGUCGAGCUUGUGGCAAGUCAAGGCUGAUUUUAGAAAGGUGCUGGACAUGGAGGGAUUCUCGCACUAUGCAGACAUGCUUGGACUGGAGAAAGUAACUGCGAAGGACGAAGACGAGGACGGUGAUGCCGUGGAUGCCGAAUGGGAAGAGUUUAAUUUGGAAAACGAUCGUAUUGACUUUCGCAUGCUCCGGUCUCAGACACAGGGCAUUGUUGAUUUUAUGAAAAGUGAGCUCUCUAACGAGACGAUCUCAAAGAUGCUAGUAGCGAUGCUGGCAUCGGUCAAGACGUCGAAAUUGCACCGCAAGAUCUUUCAGGAAAUGGUGUGCAAUAUCCAGACGGCAUUCCCGGAGACGUACCACGAGCAGCUACUAUCGGAGCUCGUACCGUUCCUUUCGGGUGACAAUGCUACGUAUGAGGAUUUUGAUUCGGAAGUUGCGACGACUGCGCUGCAGCACCACCAGAUGCGAAACGAAGCUAUCAUUCGUGCUUUGCUGGAGGCUCGUAUGCGUGUCGGUCACAUUCUUAUUCACGACAUCGACGACGUGGACCCUACUCAUUCGAUUCCAAAGAAGCUGACCCCAGAGCAACAUGAGAAGGUGAUUACAACGGCUUGGAACAUCGUGUCAGUGUUGGAUGAUCGUAAGUACCACAUGUUCUUCACUCGUUUUCUCAAGUAUAAGCUUGCAUGGCGACCGAAUCGCGCCACCUUUGGAGAUACAUUCCUAUCUGAUGUGCGUAAGACUCUUGGACCUCGUGAUGCGGACGCGAUUAUGCCAAUGUUUGAAGAAGUUUAUCAGCAAUUGUCAGUGGAGACGCUUACGAUUUGUCGCGUCAAACUUCGUCAUUCCGGGAAAAUGAUGCGUGGUCGAGGUGUACUUGAACCGCUGAACGACGCUGGACGUGAGCGCCUCGAGACCGCAUGGCAACCCUCGCGUUGCGCUUUUUAUCGCAACUUACCACAUGGCGUAACGAAAAAGCAUUUGGAGAACGCACUGGCUCAUGUCGGAGGCAUCAAGCGCUUUUUUCUGUUUUCCAACCCUAUUGACGGGCCACCAGAGUCACCAUUUGAUGAUCUUGAUGAUGAUGACGGCGACGACGAGGACGAAGAAGAUCAAGAAGACGAAUUUGAUGUUGUAGAUGACAAAGACAAGCCGAAAAAGAAGAAAAGCAAGAAAGCAAUCAAGGCAGAGCUGGAAGAUUCGAAGGGGUUGAGAAUGCUCAAAUACAAGAGAAAAAUCGUUGCGAGCGACAAGAAGACGCCGCACCAAGCUGUGGUGGAAUUUGAGUCAGAAAGCGCGUGUCGCAUGGCGACAAUGCGCGCGCUACAGAUUUUUGGCGUCAUGAUGUCAGGCUGGAACGAGUACCGACCAGUAUUCUCAUUGCCGGCAGAUGACCGCUCCGGUAUCACUCUAAUGAAUGUGCCUUAUGGCACUAAGGUUGGGGAUCUUGUGGAUGAGGUGAACAGGAUUCUUUUUAAGGCUGGGCUGAACAUGAAGGUGUCGGGUUUAGUUCCCCGAGGUGUAAUGCUGACAAACGGUCGUCUGGAUCUGCGCUUCCCAUCGUUCGUGGAAGCCGCACAAGUUGUCGAUCAGCUGAAUGAACAUGUGCGCAAAAUGAAGCGUCGUCGGGUACUUACGAAGCGAGACGCUUUUCGCUUUAAAGAAUACGUGAAACUCAAGAAGACAAUGGAGACAAAGGAGAGAAUUGCAGAGAAGGGACGGAAAAAGGAGAAAGAAGAGAAACUUGCACGAGAAGAGGAAUGCAAUUCUAAAGAUGAAGAGGAUCUCAUGUGCUUUGACGGCGGUGAGGAAACCGUUGAGGGUGAGGACGAUGGUGAUGAUGACGAUGAUGACGAUGCUAAUGAAAAAAAGACGACUGGCAAGUCGAAAACGAAGUACGUACUUGUGGUGUCAGAAACGCUCGAGGAAUAUUUUAAAGAGUGGCAAGAGGCAGAGGCAAACAUGUCGGACAAGGAUUUGGCGCUCAGUGAAGUGCCUCGCCCAUUUGAUGUCACCUGGACACCCCUGCCGAAGCCCAAGAACAGACACUUUUACGUUUAG